CCGAAGGAAUAACUCAAGCAGCAAACAAAAAUAUACUUUUUAAAAGAAUUCCUAAUAUAGUUACAAGCAGAAAGAAAAAGUCAUACAAAGAACAAUCUACAUUGCUACAAGAUACUAUUAAGCUUA